UGGAGCAGUUAUGGCUCGCACCAAGCAGACGGCCCGCAAGUCCACCGGCGGCAAGGCCCCGCGCAAGCAGCUGGCCACCAAGGCCGCCCGCAAGAGCGCCCCGGCCACCGGCGGCGUAAAGAAGCCGCACCGCUACCGGCCCGGCACCGUGGCGCUGCGCGAGAUCCGGCGCUACCAGAAGUCCACCGAGCUGCUGAUCCGCAAGCUGCCGUUCCAGCGCCUGGUGCGCGAGAUCGCGCAGGACUUCAAGACCGACCUGCGCUUCCAGAGCUCGGCCGUGAUGGCGCUGCAGGAGGCCUGCGAGGCCUACCUGGUGGGUCUGUUCGAGGACACCAACCUCUCCCUCUGGUGUGUGGUCAUGUCUGGUCGCGGCAAAGGCGGGAAGGGCCUGGGCAAGGGCGGCGCCAAGCGCCACCGCAAGGUCCUGCGCGACAACAUCCAGGGCAUCACCAAGCCCGCCAUCCGCCGCCUGGCCCGGCGUGGCGGCGUCAAGCGCAUCUCCGGCCUCAUCUACGAGGAGACCCGCGGGGUGCUGAAGGUGUUCCUGGAGAACGUGAUCCGCGACGCCGUCACCUACACGGAGCACGCCAAGCGCAAGACCGUCACCGCCAUGGACGUGGUCUACGCGCUCAAGCGCCAGGGGCGCACGCUCUACGGCUUCGGCGGCUGAGCUGCUCGGGCUCCCACUUUGCUUUCUCGAACGGCCCUUUUCAGGGCCACCACAUAUUCUUGAAGGAGCUGAACGGUUCUUGAUGAAAUUGAGUGUUCCGGGAACGUCACAUGGACAUAAACUUGUCAAAACUGCUUAACAGGUUAGGAGCAGACCGGUUUCUAGCGGUCCAAUCAGAACGUACCUGUCUGUGCUCCUCAUUUGCAUGCCAGUUA